AUGGCAAAUCCUAAAGAAACCUCUCCUCCUCCUACAUUCCCUCCCAUCGAUAAAUGCACAUCCAUGGGACGACAAAACGACACAGUCGUCACUGACAUGGAGGGAACCCUUCUUUGUGGACGUAGCUCAUUUCCAUACUUUGCCCUUGUUGCCUUUGAAGCUGGAGGCAUUCUAAGGCUUGUUUUCUUGCUCUUAGCCUCUCCUAUAGCUGCCAUUCUCUACUACUUCAUCUCUGAAUCCGCCGGAAUUCGGGUCCUUAUAUUCGCAACCUUCGUCGGCAUGCGAGUUUCCGAUAUAGAAUCGGUUGCAAGAGCUGUUUUGCCUAAGUUUUACUCGAGCGACUUGCACCCAGAGACUUGGCGGGUGAUAUCUUCAUGUGGGAAGAGAUGUGUUCUGACUGAGAACCCUAGGAUAAUGGUGGAGGUGUUUCUGAAGGAUUUUGUUGGCGUUGAUAUGGUUAUUGGGACUGAGAUUGGUGUGUAUAAUGGAAGAGCUACUGGUUGGGCUAAGAGUCCUGGAAUUCUCGUAGGACAAAGCAAGGCUGAUACGUUAAAGAGGGCAUUUGGUGAUGACAAAACGGUGCCGGAUAUCGGUCUUGGUGAUAGGAAGACAGAUUAUCCAUUCAUGAAGUUGUGCAAGGAGAGCUACAUGGUUCCUCCCAAGUCUCGAGUGGAGCCUGUAAAUGGUGACAAAUUGCCAAAACCCAUAGUCUUCCACGACGGCCGGUUAGUCCAAAAACCAACCCCAUUCAUCUCAUUUCUCGUAAUCCUUUGGAUUCCGGUAGGUUUCCUUCUCGCUUGCGUCCGUAUCGCCGCCGGUGCUCUUCUCCCAAUGCACUUAGUCUAUUACGCGUUCUGGGCCCUCGGUGUUCGUGUUUACGUAAGAGGCACCCCACCACCACCGGCCAAGAAAUCUACCGGACAAACUGGAGUCCUCUUCAUAUGUUCCCACAGAACUCUUCUUGAUCCUAUCUUUCUCUCCACCGCUUUGGGCCGUCCAAUCCCAGCUGUCACCUACUCUCUUUCGCGGCUCUCGGAGAUCAUCUCCCCCAUAAAGACCGUUCGGCUGAGUCGAGAUCGUGUCACUGAUGCUAAUAUGAUCAAGAAACUCUUAGAAGAAGGUGACCUAGUUAUAUGUCCUGAAGGGACUACUUGUAGAGAACCAUUUUUGUUAAGAUUCUCGGCUUUGUUUGCAGAGCUAACAGAUGAGCUUGUUCCGGUGGCCAUGGCUAAUCGAAUGAGCAUGUUUCAUGGGACAACAGCUAGAGGGUGGAAAGGGAUGGAUCCUUUCUAUUUCUUCAUGAAUCCUAGCCCUGCAUAUGAGGUAACAUUCUUGAACAAGUUGCCCUAUGAUCUCACAUGCAGAGCCGGAAAAUCGAGUCUUGAUGUUGCUAAUUACAUACAAAGGAUGAUUGCUGCGAGUUUAUCUUAUGAAUGCACCAGCUUCACUAGGAAGGAUAAAUAUCGAGCGCUGGCUGGAAAUGAUGGAACUGUAGUGGAGAAGCCUAAGCUUGCUCGUAAGAAAGUAAUGGGUUGCUAG